AUGCAAGAGAAUGCCAAAAAAAGAUCUAUAGGAACGAAAGGAAAAAUAACCAGUAGUAGUAAUAUAGACGACAAUAACAUAAAAAAUGUAGUUGAGUAUGAAGAUUUAUCAGAUGAUCAGGAUACUCAAGUAAAGAGAAUUAAAGUCAAUGAUAAAUCGGUACCGUCUUCUGAUACAACUGAAAAACUAUCAAAGGAUAAUAAUACGCUUCCGGCUGAUUUUUUUGAUAAUUCUUCUAAAACAUCGUCGAGCCAACAAGAAAAAACCACUAAUGAAAAACUAUCAAAGGAUAAUAGUACGCUGCCAGCUGAUUUUUUUGAAAAUUCUUCUAAAAUAUCGUCGAGCCAACAAGAAAAAACCACUAAUGAAAUUGAAGAAGAGUGGAUCCUAUUUCAAAAGCUGAUAUCUAAAGAAACACAAGUUAGUAAUCAAAUCGCGUACGAGGAUGAAGAAGAAUUGCAACGUGAUAGGGAUGAAAUGUUAGACCGUGAACAAGAAAUGUGUUUUAAGAGAUCAGAACGAUUAAAGGAAGUUGCCAAAAAAGUUCGUGAGAAUCGGGAGCACAAAAUGGCAGUAUUGCUUUAUGAUAUUCAAAAUAUCUUCGACAUUCAAGAUUAUCUUUGUUAUUAUUAA